AUGGGUCUCUUGGGCUUUUUAAGAGCACCCACGCGUCAGUCAUCGUGGAAUGCUCUGCUUCGACUACAUUUCCAUCCGUUUCCGUCCCCAUUUCUUUCCCUCUUUUUCUCUCCCGACUCUCUCUCUCUCACUGCCCUAUUCUCUCACUCCCGCUCACCAUCUCACUCCAGGCAAUACAUACAUGAACUCGAUGAGAAGCCACCAUCUCUUAUCUACAAAGCGAAGAAGAGCUCAGCAGAUUUAGAUUGUAGAAAAAUGAUCAAAAACAGCUUCAAGCAAGCACAUGAGUUUGAGAAGAGACGCGCUGAAUCUCACUCCGCCAUUCGCCCCUCCGUCCUCUCAUGAUCUCUCACACCCUCUCUCUAAUUUCAGAACAAUAUUAAGCAGCUUGAGCUCUCUUUGCAUUGAAUAAAUGGCAGUCAUCUA